CAGAGCUGAAACCAGCACACUUCCACUGCCUACACCUGCCUGCACCUGCCCUAGGCUCUGUAAAAGAGCCAGUGUUUGCCAUUUUAACCCAGACCAACAGUGCUGACUUUCCACUCAUCACCACCCACAAUAGCACAGACCAAUACACCAUGGGAAAUGAAACCACAGACUUCACUUACUGGCCACUGACAACAGAAUUUGACUACGGUGAUUCAACACCAUGCAUGGGAACUGAGGAAAAGCACUUUGCAGGAAAAUUUUUGCCACCUCUUUAUUCUUUAGUGGUGAUAUUUGGCCUGACAGGCAACAUGCUUGUUGUCCUUAUCCUGGUAAAAUACAAGAGGCUGAAGAGUAUGACUGACAUCUACCUGCUCAACUUGGCAAUUUCUGAUCUGCUGUUUGUAUUUUCGCUCCCUUUUUGGGCUUAUUACGCAGUUCACGACUGGAUUUUUGGGGAGGCGCUGUGUCGAAUUCUGUCAGGUGUCUACCUCCUUGGCUUUUACAGUGGCAUCUUUUUCAUAAUCCUGCUGACCCUGGACAGGUACCUGGCCAUAGUGCAUGCGGUGUUUGCUUUGAAAGCCAGGACAGUCACCUACGGCAUCCUCGCCAGCGCUGUCACUUGGGCUGUUGCUACUCUUAUUUCUGUCCCUGGGGUAGUAUUUCACAAAACUCAGAAGGAAAGUUCAGGCUAUACUUGCAGUGCUCAUUUUCCAAGUGAUUCCACUAUAAAUUGGAAGUACUCUUUUGUUUUAAAGAUGAACAUUCUGGGACUUAUUGUUCCAAUGCUCAUUAUGAUUUUCAGUUACUCACAAAUUCUAAAAACAUUAUUGAGAUCUAAGAAUGAGAAAAAACAGAAGGCAGUCAGACUUAUUUUUGUAAUCAUGAUUUUUUACUUCAUCUUCUGGACACCAUUCCAUAUUUCUUCUUUUUUGCAUACAUUUCAAAAUUCAUUUUUCAUCCCAAAUUGUGAACUUAAAGGCCAACUGGAGAAGGCAAUUCAAGUGACAGAAACAAUCUCAAUGAUCCACUGUUGCAUCAAUCCUGUGAUCUAUGUAUUUGUUGGAGAAAAAUUUAGGGCAUAUCUUUAUACCUUUUUCCGAAAGCAUGUCGCACCCCACCUUUGCAAAAAAUGUCCAAGUCUUUAUCGUGAAAAACUGGAAAGAGCCAGUUCCACAUUCACACAAUCCACUGCAGAGCACGACAUCUCUACUGGACUGUAAAAAUACAUUACAUCAGAACAUCAGUUAGCAAAUUUUGCAUCACUUGCUUUGCCUUAAGCAGUGUCUGACACUAUUUAAGAUCUUUGUGUUGACCACUACUGAAAACUGUAUGACCCCCUAUUCUUGUGGUCAACUGCCCCCUGAGAUUACAGCAUUUUCCAUUGCUAAACUAAGAGAAUCAAUGAGUUCUCCAGGAAACAUUAACUGCAUAGCUGGGUCACAUCAAGUUUUAAACAGGGUCCAGACGAAUAUGUGUGCUUUUUUACAAAAAUCUGUCCACUGAGAUUUACUGAGGGGGAAACACAAUAUUGAAAAUCUAAAGGGUAAUAGGUCAUCUCACAAGAUCUUACUGGGACCAUUUAACCCAAGGAUUUUUCUGUUUUUCUGAUAGUGCAGUCAUUUUUAAACAUAAUCCUUUAACAGUUAUAACUAAGUUAUAGCAUUUUGAUUUUUGUUUUUUAAUUUUAUGUCUGCCAUAUCACCAUUCAGUUGCUGACUUUUUCCCAAGUGUGCUUUUAAUCAGCAAUGCGAUUUUUGUAGGUUUUUCAAGAAACUGCACGCACCAAGUUUACUGACUGCACAAGACAAUGAUGCACUCCUAAAAAGUGUGAGCUUGUUUCUGACAAGUCGUAUCAUGCCAAGAAAAAAAACCAAACAAAACACUAAACCAGUAAAGGCCUUUCAGCAAAGAUCUGCAAGACCAGAAUGAAAAUUACCUUGGUAUGUGCUAUGCAAGUUUCUGUAUGAGAAAAAUAUCAGGACCCUCUGAAAGAUGUGAAUACAGUAUGAAAGCAGGCUUACCUAGUUCUGGACAGGUAAAUCACCUGCAGAAGAAGAGUUUUCAUGGCAACACAUGACACUGGUGUGUUAAGUUCAGUUCCUGCACAGGAAAAACAUGCUCUUCGUACACACAGGAAGUCUUACUUCUGGGAUACACUUCUAGGACGACAGUGGCCUUGGAACUGCAAAAUCCAUACAAGGCAUACCUUCCUGCCUGCCCAGGAGAAGAGUGCCUCCAGCCAACUGGUGCCUCAAUGAGAACUGCAUGCUGAUUGAGGACUCAACUCCAUUGGCUCACUGGUGUACUAUGGCCAUAUAUUUACUCCACUAUUAAGAGUUUCCCUGUAAAAGAAGGGAAUUCUAGGGACAUGGGAUUAGCAAAGAAGAGGAUGGAGGAGCAUAGCAGACAAUUUCCUACUUCAAACUGUAAAGAAGUGUAGGCAAGCACUCUUUAUGCGAGUGAACUGUCGUUCUGGUUUUCUCAUCAUUUCCUUGGAAGGGCACUGCUCAUGUGUGCAAGGACUUGCUCAUGGAAAUCUGGAGGGGCAGGUUCAGCUAAUCUCCAGCAAGGACACCAGAGGGAAUUCCACACUAUUUAUUGUCAGGCAUGCGAUGCAGAUGCCUAAAUUAACAGCAAAUCUCUUCAAGGUUCCUUAGUGGUUAGUAGAGAAUAAGAACUGCCUAAGCCAGGAGCAGUUAUGGGACUUAAAUAGUCUCAGGGGAAGAUUAACUGUCCAGCUGUGGAAGGAACACGAAAAUGCCAGCCUCUUAAUUUGGGUAUCAGAUUCCUUAAUCUAGGUGGUACAAAUACUCUUCCUCUUGCCUCAAAAUACCCAGGCACUGCUUCUCUUAUCCUUCCAGCUAUUAUAACCUUGUGAGGUUAAUAGCCACAUAUGGACUACACAAAAGACAAAAAACUACCCUCACAGUAAACUUUCUUGAUUGGAUAUAAUAGUUCUCCUUUCUUUUCUACCAUCUUUACUGAAACAAUGUGGAAAAGUACCUUUAUAAUUUUAAAGCAUAAAUUAGUUCAGUGCAACACAAAUCCUGCUGUGAUGGUGAUAUUUCUACUGCUGUGUUUAAUUGUAAAUCCUUAUCUUGUUGGAAUUAAAUUUCUUCCCAUUUUCAUGUUAAUGCAGUGAAAUUAAUAAAAUC